AUGGUCCGGGUGACCGCCGGGUGCAAGGGGCGUCCCCUGUCCCUCCGAGCCCGUGAGGAAGCGCCUGAGUCCAGCCGGGUGCCCCCCGCCCGCGGCAGCCCCGCUGAUGAUCUGCCACCGCUGCUCCAGCCAGCUGCCUGCUGUGACCCUGGAGCUGUGGUGAUGGAGGGGUUUGGGGGAGCCCCCAGGUUCCUGGCCUACCCACGUGCCAUCACGGUGCAAAGCGGCAGUGACGCAGUCCUGAGCUGCCGGAUCACAGGCGACCCCCAGCCAAGCAUCCUCUGGGAGAAGGACAAGACCCCAGUUGAGCCAUCAAGCCGCUUCCACGUGGAGGCCAAGGGGAACCUGUACAGUCUGCUGGUGUCCCACACCAUCCCGCAGGACAGUGGGCUCUACGUCUGCAAGGCCAAGAACUGUGUUGGUGAAACCUAUGCUGCUGCUACUCUCAAGGUGGAGGUGGGCGAGCCCCAAGAGGAGGAGGGAUGCCCAGGCACCGAACCACCUGCUUUCCUUGUUGCCCCCUCGUCCACGAGAGCGUGCUGUGGGGAGGACGUGAUGUUCACCUGCAGGGUGUCUGGGCAGCCCUGUCCGGUGCUAGAGUGGGAGAAGGACGGGCGCAGGCUCCCGGACAUCUUCGAGAGCAGCCACUUUGCAGUGGGGCAGGAGCCAGAGGACUGGCACUUCCUGAAGCUCUUUGAUGUCCGGCCCCCAGACAGGGGUGUGUACAUAUGCCGGGCACGCAGUGGCUCCCAGGAAGCCCUGGCUGCUGCCGUGCUCCUGGUUGAGCCCUGCGUGCCACUGGGUGGGCUCCCCAACGGCUCUUCUGCUGACGGCCCUGAGCCGCUGGUGGAGCGGCAGCAGUGGUGGCAGCAGCACGUGGCAGGACGACAUGCAAGACCAGAGAGCUGGGUGCCCAACGGCACAGUGCUGGCCAGGGUGCCAAAGGCCAAGGCGUUCGCUGUGAGCGUGGGGAAGCAUGCCAAGUUUCGCUGCUACGUUACUGGCAAGCCCAAGCCAGAGAUCAUCUGGCAGAAGGACGGUGAGGCUCUCGCCCCCGGCCGCAGGCACCUCAUCUAUGAGGACCGGGAGGGCUACUUCACCCUGAAGGUGCUGUACUGCAAACCCCAGGACCAGGGGCUGUAUGUCUGCACCGCAUCCAACACUGCCGGCCACACCCUCAGCGCAGUGCAGCUCCAGGUGAAAGAGCACCGGCUGCGGUUCCAGGUGCAGCUGGCAGACGUGGAGGUGGCGGAGAGGGAGGAUGCCGUGCUGGAGUGCCAAGUGCCGCUGGAGACCAUCCCCACUGCCUGGUACCUGGAGGACAGGGAGCUGCAGCCCAGCCACAAGUACGUGAUGGAGGAGCGAGGAGUGGUGCGGCGCCUGACUAUCCGCGAUGCCCGCAUCGAUGAUGAUGGCAUCUACCUCUGCCAGAUGAAGGACAAGGGGCGAAGCAUUGCCGAGGUCUCUGUCCGAGGGGUGAUUGCAAAGCGGCUGCCACGGAAGCUGGACGUGAUGGAGGGGGAGAACGCAGUUUUCUGUGUGGAGACACGAGAGGUGGUGGAGGGGACCUGCUGGAGCCGGGAUGGGCUGCAGCUGAGAGAGUCACCCCACACUGUGCUGAAGAGCUUCGGCAGAACGCACCUGCUGGUGCUGGUGCACGUCACACGCCAGGACGCAGGCAUCAUCUCCUUCACCGUCGGCGAGUCACAGACAUCCUCCCAGCUCCGUGUCAAGUGUGUGAAGCGUGAUCCCCCGAGUGCACCGGUGGCAGCUGAGAUGAGCGUGGUGGAGAGCAACGUGGCCCUGCUGAGUUGGUGCCCCGCACCUGAUGCCCAUCUCCGGCCCCCCAGCCGCUACCUGCUAGAGCGGCGGGAGGCAGCGGGGGGUGAGUGGGUGCAGUGCCUCGCCACUGACCUGCCCGGCCGUGUGCGGGUGCUGGGUGGCAGCGUGCCCCAUGAGGCUGACUACUGCUUCCGCGUCUGCGCCGCCAACGAGCACGGCAGGAGCAGCCCCGUGGUAUUCCCUGGCUCCGUGCAUCUCGCCCCAGCAGCUCGCCUGGAGAAAGGUCUGCAGGACACAUGGGUGCAGGACGGUGAGGAUGUGCAGUUCUCCCUGGAGCUGUCGGCUGUGGUGCACGGCACCUGGUUCCUUAACGGGGUGAGACUGGGCGAGGAGGUGGGCGGCCGGUGCAGCGUGCGGCACUGCGGGACAGAGCACUCGCUGCUGAUCCGGAGAGCUCGGCUGGCCGACAGCGGGGCCCAGGUCACCUUUACGUCUGGCGAUGUGCGAGACUCAGCCACGCUGCAUGUGCACGCCCCACAGGUCCGCAUCGCACCGGUGCCUGAGGCCAAGCGGCUCCAGGAGGUGUCAGCAGGGUUGCCUGUGCUGCUGGAGUGCCAAGUGUCCUCCCCGGGUGCCCUUGUCCGCUGGUUGAAGGAUGGUGAGGCCGUGCCUCUGAAUGAUGUUACUGCAGUACAGGCAGAGGGCUGCAUGCGGAGGCUGCUCCUCCACUCAGCGAGUCCCUCGGACACGGGCGUGUACACCUGUGACACCGGGGACGACGCUGUGAGCUUUGCAGUGACCGUGACUGAGGCUCCGGUGAGGAUCGUCAGCUCCAAUGAGGAGGCUCCCCACACCUACACAGCUGGGCAGCGUGUGGAGCUGUGGUGCCAGCUGUCCCGCCUGGCAGCGCCGGUGCACUGGUACAAGGAUGGAGAGGAGGUGGAAGUGAGUGAGAGCCUGGUGCUGGAGCAGGAGGGGUUGCGGUGUCGGCUGGUGCUGCCUUGCGCUCAGCCACAGGACACAGGGGAGUUCGUCUGCGAUGCUGGUGGGGACUCUAUCUUCUACACCAUCACUGUGGCAGAGGCUCCGGUGAGGAUCGUCAGCUCCAAUGAGGAGGCUCCCCACACCUACACAGCUGGGCAGCGUGUGGAGCUGUGGUGCCAGCUGUCCCGCCUGGCAGCGCCGGUGCACUGGUACAAGGAUGGGGAGGAGGUGGAAGUGAGCGAGAGCCUGGUGCUGGAGCAGGAGGGGCUGCGGUGUCGGCUGGUGCUGCCCUGCGCCCAGCCACAGGACACAGGGGAGUUCGUCUGCGAUGCUGGCAAGGACUCUGUCUUCUACACUGUCACUGUGGCAGCCCCGAAGGUCUGCAUUGCCCCAGUAUCCAAGGAACGGCAGUUCCAGGAGGUGCUGGCAGGGCUGCCCGUGCUGCUGGAGUGCCAAGUGUCCCCCUCAGAUGCCUCUGUCCAUUGGCUGAAGGACGGCAAGGCUGUGGUCCCAACAGAGGUCCUGACCAUCUGCUCAGAGGGAAGCUCACGGAGGUUGUGCAUCCCUGCAGCUGUGCCAUCCGACUCAGGGAUGUACACCUGUGAUGCUGGGGAUGAUGCCACCAGCUUCAGGGUGACUGUGAGCGAAGCAUCAGUGAGGAUCGUUGGCUCCAACAAGGAGGCCUCCCAUGCCUACACAACUGGGCAGCGUGUGGAGCUGUGGUGCCAGCUGUCCCACCCAGCAGCUCAAGUACACUGGUACAAGGACAGGGAGGAGGUGGAGGUGGGCGAGAGCCUGGUGCUGGAGCAAGAGGGGCUGCGGUGCUGCCUGGUGCUGCCCUGCGCCUGGCCACAGGACACAGGGGAGUUCGUCUGCAAUGUUGGGGAUGCAUCUGUCUCCUACCAUGUCUCAGUGGCAGAGCCACCAGUAAGGAUCGUGCACCCUCAGCAGCGCUCGCUGGAGCUGGCAGCACAGGCGCCAGGGCGUGUGGAGCUGCGGUGUGAGCUCUCUGUCCCCGACGCUCCUGUGCAUUGGUUCAAGGAUGGGCUGGAGGUGGACGAGACCAAUAACCUGCUGCUGCUAGCCGAGGGGGCCUGGCGCUGCCUCCUCAUCCCCAGGAGCAGUGCAGAGGACACAGGCGAGUACAUCUGCCAGACCAAGGAUGAGGCUGUCUCCUUCGAAGUCAAGGUGUCAGAGCCACCAGUGAGGAUCCUGCAGCCCCAUAGACCAGUCCCUGUCAUGACAGUGUUCUUGGGGGAAACAGUGAUGCUGGGCUGUGAGCUGUCCCGCGCAGAUGCCCCAGUGCACUGGGCUAAGGAAGGCAUCAGGCUGGAGGCUGGGGGUAGCUUGGUCCUGGAGGAGGAGGGUGCCCAUCGCCGCCUGACCAUCCCUGUGGCCCAAGCCGAGCACUCUGGAAAAUACAUCUGUGAUGCUAUUGAUGACACAGUGACCUUCACUGUCCAAGUGCUGGACCCACUGGUCAGGAUCCUGGAGAAGGACAUCCUGCCGACCCACUGGCAUUGCCAGGCCAUGGAAGACCUCGUGCUGGAGCUGCACCUCUCACAUGCUCAUGGGGAGGUAAAGUGGUACAAGGAUGGGGAGAAGCUGCAAGACACAGGGCGUGUGCGGCUGGAGGAGGAUGGGACACGUCGCUCCCUCGUCAUCCUGGGUGCCACGGGCAGGGACACGGGCGAGUAUCUCUGCGACGCUGGCGAUGACAGCAUUGUCUUCUUCGUCACCGUGGAAGUUCCCAGGGUGGUGGAGAUCAUCACAGAGCUGCAGAACCUGACGGUGCUGGAGGGAGAGGAUGCCACCUUCAAGUGCCUGGUGUCCCCUGAGGAUGUGGCCGUGACUUGGCAGCUGAACGGCCAGCCUGUGGUUCCUGGAGAGAGGCUGCUGGUGACAAGGAGCGGAUUAUGCCACAGCCUCACUGUCCGACAGUGCCAGUCAGGAGAUGCAGGCACUGUGACAGCCAAUGCCGAAGGGCUGGUGAGCACCGCUCGGCUGAGUGUGCAAGAGGCACAGGUGCUGUUUGUACGGAAGCUGCAGGACAUGGUGGCAGAGGAGCAGGGGGAUGCAUGCCUGGAGGUGGAGGUGAGCCAUGAGGCUGCUGAGGUGCAGUGGCUGAAGCAGGGUAUCCUCCUCCAACCAAGCAGCAAGUACCAGCUGCAGGAGUCCGGGUGCCGGCGCACCCUCACCAUCCGCUGCCUCAGCCCUGCCGACCGUGGCACCUACCGCUGUGAAAGCCUGCACGACCGCACGCAGGCCAAGCUCUAUGUGGAGCGUGAGUACCAUGAUGGGGAAGAAACCAACCCUUUCUGGCUACAACUUCCCUUCAAUGAUGCAGGCCAGAAUGCCAUUGGGUCUCUUGCCUACCUGGGCACACUGAUGGCUCAUGUUCAGCCUACUAUAUACCAGUACACCCAGAUCCCUUUCUUCCUGGCUGCUCUCAGCCACUCUGUCCUCAGCUCUCCUUUUCCACCAUAUCUGCUUCUUUCCCACCUCCCACUGUGUUUUGCCCUUUUCCCCCCAAACUCAGAGCACCUGGGUGCUGUUGAGUCUCCUCCCACCCCAGGUGUGGCCACUUUGCCCUCCCAACUGCCCACUCCCCUUUAUAAUCAGCUCCAGGAAAGGCAGAAGUCCCAAGUUUGCCCAACUGGGCAGAGGGAUCCUCCUCCUCUCAUCACCGCCCAGAAGGUGUCGAUCCGGACACCACUGGCAGAUGUGGAGACCUUUGAGAAGGAGACAGCUACCUUCUUCUUGGAGCUGUCUCACCCUGGUGUGCCUGGCGUCUGGACGCGAGACGGCAUCCGGGUGAAGCCCAGCAGCAGGUGCCGAAUCACUGCCACGGGCUGUGGGCACAGCCUGACGCUGGAAGGGCUGACACUGGAGGACUCGGGCACCGUCACCUUCACCACUGAUACCCUGCGCUGCACUGCUCGCCUGGUUGUGUUGGAACCUCCAGUCACUAUGGUGAGGGUCCCACAGGACGUGGGGGUCCUGGAGACAGCAGUUGCAAGCUUCGAAUGUGAGCUGUCUCGCCCCAGCGCAGAGGUGAAGUGGUUCAAGGACGGGCAGGAGCUGCGUCCGGGUCCCAACUGCCGCAUCUACUCAGCGGGUCGGCGCCGCAUCCUGCAGUUGAGCCACUGUGCGCUGGCCGACGCUGGCACCUACACCUGCGACGUGGGUGGCUGCCAGGCUUCAGCUACACUGCAUGUCCAGGAGCGCCAGGUCCGCAUCGUGCAGGAGCUGCAGGACGCCCAGGUGCAGGAGGGCGACAAUGCCGUCUUCACCUGUGAGGUGUCACAUGGGGACAUAAAGGGCGAGUGGUUCCGGGAUGGGGAGAAAAUCAAGGUUUCCAGCAAAGUCAAGACACGGCAAGAAGGGACUCGGCAUUUCCUGCUGUUCUGCGGGGCGUGCCCCGAGGACGAGGGACUCAUCCGGUUCGCAGCCGGGACAGCGGCCGUCUCGGAGGCUAGUCUGCGGGUGCAAGCACUGCCUAUCCGGAUCGUGAAGCCACUGCGGGACAAGACGGUGCUGGCGCGGCACAAAGCAACACUGGAGUGCACUGUGUCCCACGCCCGAGGCCGGGUGCGCUGGCUCCGCGGGGACACGGAGAUCUUUGCCGGCGACAAGUACGAGAUCUGCAAUCUGGACUGCUACCGCACGCUCAUCAUCAAUCACGUGGGCCCCGAGGACGAGGACUCGUACACUUGUGAUGCCUUUGAUGACCGCUCCACUGCCCGGCUCCUCGUGGAGGGGAGCUAGAAGCCAGGAUGCAGUACUCGGGGGCUGCACAGAGACAACAGACACCGCUGUCGGGAGAUGGGGUUAUGCUUCACCUGGGAUGCACGGACACACAAACACCAUCCCCAGUCUGCCGUGGCCUCAGGGCUCUGCAUUAAACAGCUUUUUUUUUUUU